UAUAAGCUCAUAGUCAGUUUUAUGAAAAGCAAAAUAGCAAAGUUCUAAGAUCAAGUGCGUUAAAAAAAGUCGGCAAGAGCGUGUUCAAACGAGAUUUUAUUGAAAUAACAGCUUCUACAAACAACGUAUUUUAUACUAAUCAAGAUCAUUUGAUUACACCGGCCCUUCGACGGUUGAUUCCAGAUUGCCCUCUGAUCCCCGCAUUUCGUCCAUCUCGGCAGGAUAGGUUCCAUUUUUCAUGUGGGUCCGAUAAUGGGCCCCAAGAUUGUGCUUUACCGUGAAUCUCUUUCCACAGAUCUCGCACGGAAACAUCGCCACUCCCGUGUGUACGGAUGCGUGCAAUUUGAGAUUGAAUCUGUAAAGAUUGAAUCAGUCAGUCAAGAAAGGGAAAUCUAUUACGAAGGACGAGAUUACUUUCGUCGGAACUUCUUGCCGCAUACGUCGCAUGGAAAUUUGGGUUCCUCGGUGUGCAGCUUGCGAUGUCGUAACCAACAGUUGGUGCCCUUGAUGCGUUUACCGCACUUGUCGCAAUCGUAAUACCGCAUGAUGGACUUGUGCAGAUGCCGAUGCUGAUGCAGACUGUACUUCGAGUACAGCUGCCGUCCGCAGCCUUCGAUCUCGCAGACGAACGGUUUGACGCCUCGGUGCCGAUUGAGGUGGCCCUCGAGGCUGAGCUGUGAAACCAGCUCACCACACGUGUCGCACAUGAUCCGUUCCUGUUUUCCCAUUUUGGCUUUGCGAUCUCGUUUCGUUUGGGACGUCUUUCUUUGGGGUAGCUCUUCAUCAUGGUCGUUAUCCUGUUCCGAUGGUUCAUCGCCUUGAUCGUUUGGCACUUCAACGGUUUGCUCGGUUUCACGCUGUCCUAAAUUCGUUUGUUGCUCUUCAUCACUUUUUCUUCCGAUUUCACUACUACUCAGUGGUUCUGAAAUGGACAACGGAUUGCAAUCUGCUUCGGUUUCUGCAUGUUCUUUACCAACAGAAGUGAUCCGCAAGAAUUCGAUCAGAUCACGCACAUUCCCAAUCAGCUCUUUAGCAUCUUUCCAUCGCUGGCAAGGGGAAAUUUUAGUUCUAUCAUGUAGCGAAACUUGGGUGUCCCGGCACAGCAGCUGAAAGCUAAUUAUAGUCUCGAUCAUCGUUUGGCACACGGUACAGAUGCGAUUGGUUUGCUCCAGACGAUAGAUCUGCAAUGGAGCAAUAAAAGCUGAAGUGUUUAUACUGGGACUCCACAUUGACAGAUUAGGUAUUUAAGGGAUAAGCUUUACAACGUGUAAGAAGUCAUCAAGUACCGACCUUAAUCCCCACUGCAUCCAUUAUUUUCUUCUUCCAUCCGGUGUUCCGCCCAAGAAUAUCCUCUACAUCUUGCUUGGCAUAAGACUGACCACAAAGUCGACAGACCAGCUGAUUGGAUUUCCUGGGCUUCAUGACUCGUAAUGCUUCGCUAACCGGCUGGGAAAUAUUGGAAGCAUCUGCUGCAUAUUCCCUUGACAUAUGAUGGUUUUUUUUUCCUGAAAAAAGGUUGGCCAAGCUUAAUUUGGUCAGAUUGACCAGGAUUUUUUUCUGAAUUCUAACGAGAUUGAUUCUUAUUCUGAUUGCACACCUAAAUUUGUUUUGGAAUCACGUACUCGCCAUACACUUUUCUUCGGGACGAAUCAUCUAAUCUAACAAUUGCAAGGGUACAGUAAAUAAUUUCCUUGGUUCGGAACUGUAUUUCCGUGGUUUACAAAAAUCUAAAAAAUGUCCUUGCUUUUUGUUCAGUUUAGGAAAUUUAUCGUGACUCUAGUGCUAGUUUUAAAAUAAAAUAUUUCACGAAAUUUACAUCAACUUCUCUCCGAACCGCAGCAAUGAAUUUAAAAUUUCAAUUUUUUAAGCAUAUUAAAAAACAACUGCAAUGAUGCUAGGCACAAAGUCUAUUUGUUUGAUAAAAGGCUAUUCAGCAAACAUUUAAGAAGGUAUAUCACAGAACAGAAGAAGGUAUUCAAACAAAUAUACCAGAUGAAAAGAUUGCAUUAAACUUACCAAAAGAGCAUAUAGCUACAAAAGUGGAGGCGAUAUAUCUCCAAUGACAAGAUUCCAACGAUUCUCACUGACUUCACAACAAUUUGCAGAGACCGCACAUGGUUGCCAUCUGUGAAGUGUUCCAGCGAACAAAUAACACACAAGCGACCCAUUUACCCUCAAUCGUAGGCGUGCUUGAAAAUUGUUUAGAAAAAGAAUGAAAACAGAGAUCGUAAAAAACAAAGCAGGCUUCUUAAAAAGUUGAUCAACACCACGAUUGGAGCUCAAAAAGUGAUGUUGGAAAAUUUUGGAAAAUUAAUAAUCAACUAUGGAAAGAUUACUGGUCGAUCCGAGCAUCUGUUUCAUUUGUCAGAGGAGGCAGGAAUCCCUCGUAAAUUUAGUCGAUUGCAAUAAUAUGGAAACGUUCGAUGGCCGCAGAGAUAUUCCACCGAGUAUAUCUAGAACGCAGAUGAUAACCAAACAUCUCUGGUUUACCGUGGAAGAUUUGGAGAAUGAAUACGUCUGCAUCGAUUGCUGCUCCAAGGUGGAAGACUUUCAUCGAUUCUACGUGGACGUCGAGAGCAUCCAUAACAAAGGCACCGAGACCAUUGAAAUCCAACCGGUAGAAAAAAUAGAGCCUGAUUUGUUGGACUGUUCUGGUCAAAACGAAUAUGUUGGUACGAACACUUCGGAAGGCGUUGUUUUCUUUGAAGACAGCUCGCUCCUACGGGAUAAUUUGCAGCAAAGCCAUACGCUAGCGGUUAAACAGGAGCAAUUGAAUACCGAUGAUGAUGAAGGAACCACUUCCGAACUGAACUAUGUUUAUUGUUGUGAACACUGUGAUGAAAUCUUCAAUAGUGACGAGUUGCUAAAGGCUCACAUAAAAAUUGAGCAUACAAAGCAAUCAAUUUCACACGCAGCAAAUGAAAAAAAAUCUGCCAAGCUGGGUACCAAAACCUCUGAACCUAAUCGCCAAAAGGGCAAAUCAAAAGGUCAAAUUCGAGCAGAACGUAUCGCUUAUGGCGAUCAGUUGAUUGCAAAGUAUUGUACCUUGCGUUGUGAAAAGUGUAAUUCCGAGUUCAAAACCUUCGCCAAGUUGAAGGCUCAUUGCGAAACUAAGCAUCGGUGCAAGCCGUUCGUGACCUGCUGUUGCAACAGAAGGUUCGGUAUGCGCACGCCACUGUUCCAGCAUGCUCAAUGGCAUGAUAAUCCGGAACAUUUCAAGUGUGGUCAAUGUGGCCGAGUCUGUAAGGAUAACGAAUUGCUUAAGACACACAUACGAACCAUGCACACCCCGGAAAAUGAAAAACCAUACGAGUGUGACAAAUGCCACAAGAAACUGGUCGACAAGGCGGAACUGAGAAAACAUCUGCUCUUCCACAGGGCGCUGGAAACGAGACAGUUCCAAUGCCCUAGCUGUGAUUGUUACUAUGGGAAAAAAUCUCUCCUGAUAGCCCACAUCAGAAACGCCCACGUUGCUAUGUCCGAUUACAUUUGUUCGAUCUGCAACGAGAUUUUUAAGGAACUGAGUCUUUUGUUGAAGCACCAGGAAGAGCAUGGCAAUAAUAAAAAGCCACAAGAGCGAGUGCAAUGUUCGAUCUGUCAGAAGUGGUUAACUAAAGGUAGCCUCGGUCCACACCGAAAGCGGCACGAAGUGGUGACGAUACAUUGCGAACUGUGUGGGAAAAAGAGUCUUAGUCGUGAGGUUCAUCUUCGUCACAUGCGAUGUGUGCAUACAGAUUGGAAGUUCCGAUGUUCACAAUGUGGCCAGGGUUUUAAGCUCCGUCACAGGCUGAGGGAGCAUAUAGCUACGCAUAGCGACCAGCCCCUGUACAGCUGUUCGCUUUGUCCGAAGAAGGUCAAUUCUAAAGCCGAAAUGUAUUUGCACCGCAAGAAGCAGCACUACCAGGAAUGGUUGGCCGAUAAACAGAAACGUCACGAAUUGUUUUUUAAACAGGACUUAUGAUUUUAUACAGGAUAAAUAUUUCAUUGUUUCUAAAAAAUCCGUAAGCCAAAUAUGCAUAUGUUCCGAUCUGCAGAGAGAUGAUAGACUAAGGAAAACUUUCGUAAGUACAAAUCAUUUUACAUAUACCUAUAUAGUAGAUUAGAUAUGUGAUAAGUAAUGACAACAAUUUGUUAUUAAGGUUUUCCGAUAUAUUUUUUAUAUGGAACUUCCAAGUACAAGUU